CCUCCCCAGAUCUUAACGUAGUUUUUAGUUCCUAAGUACUAAGUAGUUUUUAACCUCUCCUAGUUCCAUAGUUGCUAAAUUGUGUACAUGUACAUACGUUUUUAUUCGAAAUUUGAGCCAGAGGAAAGUCCCAACAUGCUUGACGCUGAGGAUGAGCGGCUCAUCGACGUCGUGAAAUUGUUUCGGCACAUUUACGACAAGAGCCACCACGACUUUAAAAAUAAGCAGGCAAAAAAGAAUGCCUGGGAGACCAUUGGGCAGAUGGUGGAACGAAAUGCGGAGGAAUGCCAGCAACGUUUCGCGAUGCUGCGUAAUAGAUUUGUUACUGAAAAGAGGCGGCUGGCAGCAUUAAACGCUUCCGGUGCUGGAGGAGGUGUGGAAGUCUCCGACUUAUACAAAAAAAUGCUGUUUCUAUUGGGAUUCAUCAAGAGCAGACAUACGACCUCAAAUGUCCAACGGUCCUCGUGUGCUGCAAGUGCAGAAGGGCACCCACCAAUUGAAAUAGAGGGACACCCCUCUCAUGACGGUGGCGAAGGGGAGGAUGCCGAUGUAGGGCAUAGCAACGUGUGGGAUGUGAUGUCCCAUAUCACAGAAACACAACAGUCGCAAGAAGAGCUGGCUGAAAGUAGGGAAGCGCCAUCCACCAGCAGGGAAGCGCCUUCCACCAGCAGGGAAGCGCCUUCCACCAGCAGGCAAGCGCCUUCCACUAGCAUACCCCAGCAGACAGCCUUUCUACGGGCUGCAGAGGCAAGGGGGAAGAAAAGAAAAGUGGCCACUUCGUUAGAAGAUGUCCUCCAAACGUCGUUGGGAACGUUGGAGGAUUACCUAAAAAAGAAAGCCGAAGACAAAGAAAAUCUAGAAGAAGUCGACAGUGAUAUAAAUUGGAGCUGUUCUCCUCCUGACCUCCACGUUCCCUCGUUUACAACUCCGUCUGCGCGAAUGUGGUCUCCAUAUCCGGUGGGGCAGUAUCGUCGUUGA